ACAUCAGCGAGCGCCGAGCAUUGACAGACGGAACGCGGAAUGUCUCACUUUAAAACUUAGAUAAAUGGCCACCGUUGUUAUUACGCUCUUCCUAUUUGUACAAUUUUAUGUUUGUAAAAUGGACGCCGUGUGCAUUAAAAAGCCAAGGACUCCACUUUCGUCCCGAAGGGAAAAGCGGUGGAGCAUGAAUUCUCAGCGUCUCGAUGAAAUAGUAGCGCAGCUGAUGCAGCCUGUGUCAAUGAAAGAUCAGGACCGACUCUUCAACCAAAACAUUACCGAGUUGCUGGAGGAUUAUAUGACGGAGACCGGGCUGAAGGCUUUGGAGCGAGGCGAGGACGUUCGCUUCAACUUCCCCGAGAUGGCCAUAUUGCUGCAGCACACCGUCGACAUGUACAGCCAGAAGGUCGAUCGGCUCCACCAAAGCAUACUCGACUAUUGCGACAAGCUACUCGCCGCCAGAGAGGAGGCGGAUGGCCAGGCGGCGGAGGGCGCGGGGCUGGCGGGGCUGGCGGGGCUGGCGCGGCGCGCGCGGCGGCGGGGCUCGUCGGAGCUGGAGUUCGCGCACAUCGCGCUGUCGGCGGCGGCGGCGCGCGAGCCGGCCGCGCCGCGCCCGCCGCCCACGCUGCCGCGCAUGUACGUGGAGCUGGAGCCGCGCGUCAUCACCGCUUCCGACGCCCAGCUACUGGACUACGCCGGCGAGCCCAUCGGCUUGCUCUCCGACUUUCAAGUCACCUGGCGCUUGCAUCGAGGACUGUUGGUGGACGAGCUCGAGGACGGGUCCAGCCAGGCGCGCACCCUGCGGCCCAUCUCGCUACUGGAGCUGCAGGAGGCCAUCGCGGCGGCCGCGCCCCCGCCCCCGCCGCCCGGGGACGCGCCCCCGCCGCCCGCGGCCCGCACCAGCACGCCCGAGCGCGGGGACUCGCCGCCGCGCACGCCCGACCCCGCCCGCCCGCACCACACCUCCGACUUGGACGCCACGCUGAUGUCGCCCAACUUGGCCGACAUCAUUCGAGCCCCUGACUUGGCUGCCCCGAUACGAACGCCAGACUUGGCCGCCAUGGCCCACGCCCCUGAGGCGGCCGAGGCCGAGGAGGGCGCGCUGGGCGAGACGUGUCAAACCCCCGCACAGCCCGGUGCCACCGCCGACCUCACCACGCCGAAACUGACUAAAAAAGAAAGAAAAAGAAAAUUUGAAAGUAACGACGCAGCAGCUAUAAGUAACGGCGCAGCUUUAAAAAUGUCCGUCGGUGAGGAUUUACGGCAAAUGUUAGACGAGGUACAGGAGUUCAGCAUACCGCCUACGUGGAUCAAAAAGAUCGUGAAAAGACGUAGGACUGAAAUUUUAACUAACCGCAGACAAAUUCGCGAAGAAACACCGAUUCCUCAUGGAGAUUUCUCCGGAUGGAGCGCCGAGGAGGGCGCCCGGGCCGUCGCCGCCGCCGCCAAGCACGCCAGCCGACUUUUCGACAGCGACGACGACGACGGCUUCUUCGAGCAGAGCUCCGUUGCUGACUCCGACGCCUCGCGCGCUGAGGAACCGCGCGUCGCCGACCUGGCGCCCGCCGCGCUGCAGGGGCUGGCGCCGCCCGAGGGCGCCGGCGGGGGCGAGGGCGCCGGCUGGCAGCAGCGCGUGCUGGCGCGCGCGGUGGAGGGCGCGGCGCCCGACGUGCGCGCGCUGGCCCGCGCCGUGCUGCGCUCGCUGGGCGCGGCGGGCGCGGCCGGGGCGCCGUGGCGGGCGCUGCGGCGCGACGUGGCGGCGCCGACGAGCCACGUGUUGCUGGCGACGCUGUUCCUGGCCAACUCCCGCAACGUAGAGGUGCUGGCGGGCCCGGCGCUGUCGGUGGCGGAGUUCUCGCUGCGUCUGCUGUCGACGGACGAGGGUCGCUACAGGGAGGCGGCGGCCCAGGAACCGUUCCUGCGGUGA